AUGAAUGCAAUGGACAAGAUCUUGGCAACCAAUGGAAGACUGGGCCACCCCAGAGGGAUAUUUUUCAAGGAAGGAGAUAUUGCGAAAACCUUCAUAUUACGCAGUGCCCUAUCCUGUCGUGAAAACACCUGCUUGUGGCCAAAAUCAGUUGACGGAUUUGUCUAUGUUCCCUACAUCAUCUCUCACCAAUACGAUGAUAUGGAUAGAAUAACCAUAGAGACAGGGAUGCAGGACAUCUCCUCUAAAACAUGUGUGAAGUUUGUUCCACGUACCCACCAGCAGAGUUAUGUUGAUAUUCAGUCCAGAUUUGGUUGCUGGUCGUACUUGGGGCAGACCGGGGGCAGCCAGCUCCUCUCCCUGCAGUCUCCAUUCUGCAUGUGGUCCGGCGUGGCCUCCCACGAACUCAUGCACGCCCUGGGCUUCGUACACGAACAGUCCCGCUCUGACCGUGAUCGUCAUGUCACCAUCCUGUGGGAAAACAUCCUGCAAGGUCAGGCCCACAACUUUAAGAAGUAUGACACAAACAACCUCAAUACAGCAUAUGACUAUGGCUCCGUCAUGCAUUAUGGAAGGUACGCAUUCUCAGAGAACGGUGAGCCAACAAUUAUACCGAAACCUGACCCUCAGACUCCUAUUGGCCAGAGAGAUGGACCCAGCCCCUUGGACAUACACAAAAUAAACAUCUUGUAUGACUGCGGUGGCCAAGUCUGAUGAAGAUAAACACAAGCUCAACAAUCCAUGUUUAAAGUAAUGAAGGAUCCAGGUUUAUCUAAUGUGCACUUAAAGAUGAGAUCAUGUGAUUAUGGAAAUAAAGGUGUGUUUUGAUAGGAAGCAUGGUCAGUUAAAGUGAUGAGACGAGAAGACGGUGUGAAGGUCUGUACUUGCGGUGCUGGGCUGUUGGAGAAUAUAUUCUGUUGGUAAAAUCAAUCCCCUUUAUACAAAAAAGCACAGUUACAAAUAACAGUGUUAACCAAAAUGCUGUACCCAAAGAACGGAAUUAGUCUUUGAGCACCAACAAAAAGACAUACUUUAAACAUGAAUCCCUCUACACAAGACAACUGAUUUAAUGCUGCACCACUUAUUCAGAUUCAUAGGCCAAACAAAAGAAGUGGGUCUU